UUCCUCCGUGUUUUUGGCGCAUUUUCAAACUAUCCCGUGGCUGGUGCCUUCCCUACAAUGAAUUCGCUGGCUGUAGGAUCCGAGAAUCGCGAAUUUUGGUGUGGGUUUAUAGAGCUGUACCGCAAUCUACCGGUGUUGUGGGCCAAACCGUGUGUAGGGGAGCCGCAGAGUAUUUCAAAGAAUCUCCGCAACCGAGCCAACGCAAUAUUGCUCAGGAAAUACCGGGAACACGACCCCACGGCAGUCCCGGCCACGAUAAAGAGUGUUCUAAAGGAACUGCAAUACCUCCGUCGUGCCGCAGAAUCUAGACAGACCUCUGAGAGGAGGAAAACUCCUACGUGGUUGUUGAAAUCUCUAGAUUUUCUACGUGCCGAGGAACUGGAAGCCCUUAGUAAACGGCCAACGGAAGAACAAAAUGAUUGCAUUCAAUCUAUAACUGACCCCGGCAUUGGAGAUGAAUCUGUCGAAUUCAUGGAUCCCUGUGACUUACGAAAUGAUCUACAGCUAUAUUGUAAAUCGCUCGCAAGAGAGCUGGGAACGCUUCCAGAGGUACAGCUGCGGUAUGCACAGGAACACAUCGAGCGGGUAGUGCGAGGUGGGCAACUAGGAAUGUUGUCCUCUGAAUGGCCCGAAACAGAUCCGAGUGUCGAGGAACUUCCUCGUUCCGAUAUGCCAGAGUCACCGGAUGAAGCCGUGGAAGAGUGCAUUCUUGAGGAUAUACCAGCAGCUGGUCCAGCUGUUAUAAAACGACGAAAACUAACUGACAAAGUUCUCCGCAGGAAUAUCGAAGAUUCUGACCAUCAAGGAUCAUUCGCUAGGUUUGAUCAAGAUAUCGAACCACUGGAUUCCGAUGAUGAUGUUUCAGAUUUGCACGACUAUUCUGAUGAAUAUGCUGUUGUUGAAACAGAUACUGUAGCAAUUCAUAUCGAAGAUCAACGAACCAGUGAUAGCUACGGAAAUGACGAGACCGUUAAUAUGGAAAUACCGAAUGGACCGACGGGCUCAGAGGAGCAGCAACAAACGGCAGCGAUAGAUGAUUCAAAUUUAAUCGCCGUGCGCCUUCCGUCCGGGCUCGUUAUGCGACGCAGAUGUACAGCACAUUGUUCGAACUUCGUGGACAGCAUCGUGCCAGAAUACAGUGAACCGGAGUUUGUACGGCAAUUUCGCUUGGGGCGGGAAACGGUUCGCAGGCUUUGUCACCACCUGGAGCAAGAGAAUACCUUCAAGAAACUGAAAGGACACGGUGGAUAUCAGGCGAUCAGCGUGGAGACACACGCACUGGCCUUCCUGUGGUUUCUUGGGCAGAAGAAAGUGUCCUAUCGGAAUGUGGCCGAUCAGUUCCAGUUGUCCCUGAGCUGCGUGCACGACGUCAUCUGGCGGGUAUGCGAUGGAUUGCUGAAUCUUCAACCGAUGGUCUUUAACCAAAUGGACGAUACUGCGAAAGCACUGUCCGCCUGUCAAUUUGCCGAAUUUUGCUCGAUACCGAAUGUAAUUGGCUGUGUCGAUGGAAUGCAAAUUAGGGUCGAUCGACCGUCGGAAAAUUCGAAAUACUAUCAGCUAACCAAACGAUACUACACCCUCCAGGUCCAAGCAAUCAUCGAUGCGGACAUGCGCUUCGUGAACGUGUUCGCGGAUUACCCGGGCGAACCGGAUCUUUUAAAAACCGUUGUCGAGCUGUGUGGUGAUAACUACUGUGUCUUGGGUAACGAGGCAUUCCCAUGUUUACAGCAGCUACUGGUACCUUUCCGCAGCGAUGGCAUAUCGUUAUCAAUGGCACAGCAAACAUUCAAUGACCAACUGACGCAGGUGCAUAGUGCUUACCAAAAGAUUUUCCAGCGCUUGCGGCAACGUUUCCGGCAGCUCUCUUAUCUAAAAGGCUGCCAUCUAUUGAAGGUAGUUAAAAUGGUAAAAGUCUGCUGUUUGCUACACAACUUGUCCUUACCGGAAGAGCUGGACCUGCUCGAGGAUGAUACCAGUGAGACUAGUCAUGUGCAAACGACGCCAUUCUUCACCCGGACUUGCAGUGUUUCAUCGAUGGCCAAUGUACAGAGUGGGCAGCAGAAACGUGAAGCAAUCUGUGCUGAGAUUCAAAUCAACCAUAUUAAACUUUUACAAAGAACAGGAUUUAAAGAUAAAUAAAU